UAAAAAAACCAAAUUUAAGAUAACCAUUUAGAUUAGAUCCAGUUUUGGUUGCCAAUUUUUAAACUUAUUUUUACAGUAUUAUAAUUUACUUAAAAGUAUAUUAACAAUAGCUUAAACCUUUUUUCACAUCUGUUGUGUAUAUUAUGUUGUAUGAUUAUGCAUAUACAAAGACUUUAAAUACCUUCCACAAAAACAAUAACAAACUGACUAACGAAUUCUUUGGCUACGAUUAAUUGACAUUAACAUAUGAAAGGUUGCAUAAAUCUAAAGAAAAUGUAUUUUUCCAACUGUAGCCCAGUAAAUAUAUUUGUUUUACAUCUUAGGUAAAUAGUUUGCAACGCUGGAAGGGGACAUUACCGAUCCUGUUAAGUACAUGAUAACAAAAUGCAAUCUAUGAAUUCAAAUAUUGAUAAAGCAAAACACUUCUUCGUGGAAAGUGGGAUCUUAGGACCCACAAACUUUAAAAAUUCAAGUGACUUGAUUCGGAAAACAUCAACCAUUCACAUAGAUACAACCCUAAAAAAUCAGAUAAGAAAAACAUCAUUGUGCCUGAGGCAUAAGGUAUUUAACGAAACAAAUUCAUUGAGUAGUUACGAUGAUUCCCUUAUUAAUCUUCAAAACGAAAUAUAUAACAUGAGAGAUACUUUACUCCAUGGCGAGACCAAAAUUGUAAUUCUACGUACUGAAAUUGGCAAACUAAAGCAAGGACUUCAAGCAAUAAUGCCUGCCCAGGUAGAAGCUCAAAACUACUCUGACGAGGUCAUCAUGAAAAUCAAACGCCCGGUGCCGAGUCUUUGUUUAUUUUGCCAACCCAUUAAUUCUUCCGUAAAAGGAUCGUCAAACUGGAGUUUAACGUUUGUUAAAAAACACAAAAAUAGUUACCCGAAUAAGAACGCUUUAGGUGAAAAAUGUAAUAGCCAAUUGUGGAUCAGUGGCAAAUAAAAGUAAAUUUAAUAUAUAUUAGAUCUUUAAAAAAUA